AAUAUUACCUUGACCCCAAAAGGUCGUGUUGUUCUGUUUUUUGCUUUGCAGGAUUUAAACGACAUGGCAGUACUUUUACGAACAAGAUUUGCACGUCGGUUGGUGAACUGUGCACUUAAGUAUCAGUCAGCAUGUAUGUCAAGUGUUCCAGAUCCGAUAACGAAGCCCGACAUUAAGUAUGCAGGGAUUUUCAUCAACAAUGAGUUUGUAGAUUCUGUAAGUGGGAAAACCUUUCAAUCAAUCAAUCCAUCAACUGGGGAGGUAAUCUGUGAAGUGGCUGAAGGAGACAAGGCUGAUGUAGAUAAAGCAGUGAAUGCAGCAAAACAGGCCUUUAGACUGGGAUCACCAUGGAGACGGAUGGAUGCUGCUCACAGAGGACUUCUAAUGAACCGACUAGCAGACUUAAUGGAGAGAGAUCAAGGUUACCUAGCUUCUUUGGAAACUCUUGACAAUGGGAAGCCUUAUCAAGUGGCCUUUGCUGCUGACCUUGAACUCUCCAUCAAAUGCCUCAGGUACUAUGCAGGAUGGGCAGACAAAAACCACGGAAAAGUUAUUCCUAUCUGUGGUGAUUUCUACAGCUACACUAGACAUGAACCUGUAGGCAUCUGUGGACAAAUUAUUCCUUGGAAUUUCCCCUUGCUGAUGCAGGCUUGGAAAUUAGGACCUGCAUUAUCAAUGGGUAACUGUGUCGUGAUGAAGACAGCAGAACAGACACCACUGACAGCUUUAUAUGUUGCUCAGUUAGCAGCAGAGGCAGGAUUUCCCCCAGGAGUAUUGAACAUUGUACCAGGUUAUGGCCCAACUGCUGGUGCUGCUAUUGCCAACCACCCAGAUGUAGACAAAGUGGCCUUUACUGGAUCUACAGAGGUUGGAAAAAUAGUUGCCAAAUCUGCAGCUGAGUCUAACUUGAAGAGAGUGUCCCUGGAAUUAGGAGGAAAGAGUCCAAAUAUCAUACUCUCUGAUGUUAAUAUUGAGAAAGCUGUUGAGGAUGCCCAUUUUGCCUUGUUUUUCAACAUGGGUCAGUGUUGCUGUGCAGGAACUAGAGUGUACGUAGAAGAAAAGAUAUAUGAUGAAUUUGUAGAACGUAGUACAGAGAGAGCAAAGAAAAGGACUGUUGGGGAUCCAUACUUAAAAUCAACUGAACAAGGACCACAGAUUGACCAGGAUCAGUUUAACACUGUACUGAAGUAUAUUGAUAUUGGUAAGAAAGAGGGAGCAAAGUUGACAACAGGUGGAGCUAGUAUCGGGGACAAGGGAUACUUCAUACAACCCACAGUUUUUGCUGAUGUCAAAGAUGAUAUGGCUAUUGCUAAUGAAGAGAUCUUUGGUCCAGUGAUGCCAAUUAUGAAGUUUAAGAAUAUUGAAGAGCUGAUAGAGAGAGCAAAUACUAACAGUUAUGGUUUGGCAGCAGCUGUUCACACCAAAGACUUGGAUAAAGCUAAUUACCUCAUCAACAGUCUCCGAGCUGGAACUGUAUGGGUGAACUGUUAUGAUGUGUUUGAUGCUGCAGCACCAUUUGGUGGAUAUAAGAUGUCAGGACAAGGCAGAGAGUUGGGAGAAUAUGGACUGCACGCAUAUACAGAAGUUAAAAAUGUAACCGUUGCACUUACACAGAAGAAUUCUUAAAGAAGACAUCAGCAUGAAGACAAACAAUAUUACCAUUACUAUUUAACAUGCUGUUUUUAUUGCACUCUGAACUUUUGACACUUGAUUAGUGUCCUUAAUAUUAAAGUAUUUGUAUUAUUAAUAUUUUUAAUAUUUUCACAUACAUUUUACGUGUAUAAUGCAAUCUAAUACUGUUUUUUAACUAUUUAUACAAUCAUGUUGAACUGUGAUGAAUUUUACAUCUUGUUGUUUACAAUUUAAUUUUGGGACUUUGUUAUAUUUUAUGAAAGUAUUAUAACCGUCUGAUUUCAUGGAAUGGAAUUGAAUUGACGAUUCACAUAGAAGCUAUAAUAUAAGGUUGUAUAUGUCUUGAGUUAAGAAUGACUUUCAUAAAUGGUUUAUUAUAACCAAAUGAAGAAAGUGCCUUUAUAUCAAUUGUAAAUAUCAGAUAUAUUGAUCCAAAUAAAAUAUAUAUUUAGAAAUUGA